UACACAUUAAUGAAACAGAGAGACAUUAAUGAAAUCAUCUGAGUGAAUCAAUAAAUAAGGUUUUAUAAUUUAAUUAAAUAAUAGUAUAUUUUAUUAGUAAAUAAAAUCUUUAGUAAUAAAAUAGUAAGUGUACAAUAAUGUCUAACUCAGAAGAUAAAUUCAAUACAAAUGUCCCAGUUGAUCCUCUUCUGAGAUUGGCUUCCUUUAAACCACCACGAGAUCUCUCACUCGGCGGACUGAAGCCUAACAAAAAAGUUUUUACACCUAACUUAAACGUGGCAAGGAAAAAACAAAAUAGUGUCACUCCAUCAAAUAGUAAAGUUGUCAAGAAGGAGGAAAAAAAUAAGAAGGACCGUAAGAGUGAUAAAAAUCUCAAAAAUGGCCCCAAGGUUAUCCGAUCAACUGGAGUAUUUUCAGAAGGUCUCGGUAGUGUGGAAAGGCAUCAUCACAGCAGGGUAUCAUAUGGUAGGGACUCCGAGCCGGCUCAGGCACUACAGAAACCUACUAUCAAAAUGGAAAAUAUUGUAAAGAUCGACUAUGACGACGAAGAGCAGAAGAUCAGAGAGGCGUACGGAGAAGAAUGGUACGAAGCCGAGUGCGAAACUUUCUCUGAUGAAGAGGCACCCAUCAAACUCCCACCCAAUGGAAACGUCGAAGACGUGAAACCUGUUUCGAUCGGGAAAAUGUUCGUGAAACAGACCGAUGUGACCGAAUUGUUGAAGAAUGAUAAACCUACAUUAAUCUUUCUACAGCUACCGGAUAUCCUACCGGGUCGCGGUGGGGAUGACGACUUUCGGAGGAAACACGAUGAGCCUUCCACCUCUGAGGCAGAUGACAAUCCACAGCAGGACAACAGGUGUCGACUGAAAGACCUGCAGGAAGGCAGGAUAGGAACCAUGCGGGUGCACCGCUCGGGGAAGGUCACGAUGUACAUCGGCGACACUUUGUACGAGGUGUCUACAGGUAUAAGACCAUCGUUUCACCAAGAAUUGGUGUCGACGGCUGUAGACGACACGUCGCGGUCAGCUAACCUCAUAUCACUGGGGGACUUGCAAAAUAAACUGGACAUCACUCCACACUGGGAGAGCAUCUUCGAAAAAAUGUCUAUGUGAUCGUUAUUUGUUACUUUGAGUACCUAAAUUAUGUAAAUAUUAUGUUAUUUAAGAAUUAAGUUUAAUUAAAAGUUUAUAAAUUUGA